AUGAAGCCAGAUAAGGGUGGGGGUUUUGUUUUCAUGGAUGAAUAUUUUUAUGAAAAUAAGAUGUUGAACCAUCUACAGUCAGAUACCUAUUUGAAAUCUAGUUUGAAUGUGGUCCAUGCAGCUUAUAAGAAAAUCAGGGGAGUGCUGGAUGACCUUUUCUUGGAAGACAAAUUUCAUGUUCAUGGAGCAAGUGGACCAGUUUUGUCCUUACUCAAUGAGGAUGUGAUAUUACCAUGUAGGAUCAUUCCAGAACACAAACCUGAAAAUAUAGAAAUUACAUGGGCAACAGCUGAUAAGAACAUACAUACUUUCAUAGAAGAAGAACAUUCUGAUAAAUCCCAUAUUGAUCGUACUGAGCUCUUCAAAGAGGAAUUCAGCCAUGGGAAUGUGUCCCUGAAGCUGAAGAAUGUACAAGUAUCUGACCAAGCUAAAUAUACUUGCAUUGUUACAUCACAAUUGUGGUAUGGUGCCGCUAUCAUUGAGCUUCAGGUUGCAGCAUUUGGAAAAACACCUGUAAUUCAUGUUUUUAUCCCAUAUGAAGAUGGAAUUAAGUUGAUCUGUACAUCUGCUGCUUGGUACCCUAAGCCAAAAGUUCUGUGGAUUGAAGAAGAUGGAGAAGACUUAGAAAACAGAGCUGAAACAUCUUUGAAAGUGUAUAAUUAUACAGGUGCUUAUGAAAUUCACAGCUCAGUUAUUGUGAGAUCACAUUCCAAAAGUGCUUUGUCUUGCAUCAUACAAAAUACAUUACUAAAGCAGGAAAAGGUAUCAAGAGUAAUGCUGUCAGGCAACAACAGCAUCCCUAGAUGGAAUGUUUCUGAUGCUAUAUGCUUUGCAAAUGUUGAACAGGUCCAUUAA